AUGUCAAAGAUGCUCUAUUUCACGUCUAAUUUCCUCUGAAUUGGUCCAUAAACCGUUAAAUACGGCUGAGCUGACGAGGACGCUCAUACCGCAGUGCUUCUCCUGUACAGUUCGUGUCGCUGUUGCUGCACCCAGUUCUGUCUUUCCACCCGACUCCGUUGUGGGGACGCCAUGGAACUCCGUCUCUUCAUAACCACCUUCCUGCUGAUGCUGGUCGCUUUCCACGUAUGUGCGGAGGAUGAGAAGAAAGAGGUGGAACGGGAAGUAGAAAAGAGAAUGGACCCCGCCUUGCUCGGGAAGAGGAUGUCCGACCCUAGUGCCUUUGGGAAGCGACUGCUGGAUAGAGGAGGGAAACGGCAGGACACGGCUUGGAUGGGGAAGAGGCAGGAUAGAGGCGGGAAACGGCAGGACAUGGCUUGGAUGGGGAAGAGGCAGGAUAGAGGCGGGAAACGGCAGGACACGGCUUGGAUGGGGAAGAGGCAGGAUAGAGGCGGGAAACGGCAGGACAUGGCUUGGAUGGGGAAGCGUGACGACCCCCGCACGUCGUGCCGGACCCAGUACGACCCGACCACCGGCAAGUGGAUGUAUGUGUGUUGGUGAGUUGUCUUCGGAUCA